AUGGCGAGGAAGGGUCAACCUAAAGGCUCGAAACCAGGCGGCGGCGGCAGCGGCGGUGGCUCAGGCAAAAAACCCUCGCCGGCCACAAUAACCGGCGACGAUAGCUUCAUCGUCUUCUCCAACUCCGACAAGGAGCCCAAACCACGGAAACCUCCUCCUGGGACUGCUGGAGCGUCUACGACUGCCAUCGCGGGCCAGAAUGGACCUGCAUUGGCAGGAGAGGCGCCCCAACGGCCAGACGUCAAGAAAAUUAUCGGAGGGGCAUCAUGGACUGGCAAACUACCGGUCAAUAUGCUCUCAGAGCAUUGCCAAAAACAAAAGUGGGAGAAGCCCGAAUACACAAUGUCCAAGACACCGGAGGGCUAUUCCUCUAUGGUCAUCUUGAAGUGGAAGAAUACCAAAACCCAUGAGCUUGUACAGCUUCAGCCUUUCAGACUUCCGCCGACCCACAAACACAUCGCUGCGAAGCCCACCGCACUCGAAGCCCGACAUUUCGCUGCAACAUAUGGUCUCUUCCGAGUUUGCAGUAUGCGAAAUAUACACAUGAUGUUGCCCCCCGACUACCGAGAUCUCUGGAAAGGGGAAUUCGAGGCGCUAAAGAAAGAGGAUGUGAAAGAAGGGCGUGGAUGGAUGUACGAGGCAGAUCCAUUUGCAGCCUUGCGAGAGCGGGAAGAUGCAAAGAUUUUGAACGAGAAGAAGCGUGCCGAACGAGAAAAGGCCAGGGAGAAGAUCGCCAACACCCCAGGAGGUCCAGGAGGCUCAAAUCUGACUCUGCGAAACUCCGGUGGUGGGAGCGGUGGAUCCGCCGCAGGAGCGCACAAUAUCCAUAGAGGUUGGGUACGGGUCCCCAAAAUCGAAAUGGGAAAGCGGACACGAACGAAUGUGGAGAAUCUGAUUCGAAGAUACGCAAUAUGGAAUCCGAACGAUGUCAAGAUGUCCCAAUUCCAGAAACAUUCCAUCGUCAAUGAGUUCAAGGCGCUUGAUUUCCGGCAGAGUCACGUUGAGGAGGCGGUGGAGGAGUGUAAAGACCGAGAAGAGACUCUCGAGUGGCUUCUCAUCCAUGUCCCGGAAGACGACUUGCCCAGAUGGGCUCUGCCCGAAGGAUACGUGGCUGGAAUUAGCAUGGGUAGUAGUGAUUUAAAGAGAGAGGGUGCCAUCAAGCGAUUAGCCGAAUCUGGGUACGCAUUUGAUCUCUGCAAGCAGAUGUACGACGCAAAGGGGGAUGAAGGUAUGGCUGCAGAAGCUCUGCAAAACAUCCUCAUUUCCAGUGGCCAGGACACUGAAGCUCCUCGAGAUGAGGAGUCCUGGGAUUCGGAAGAGUCCAAAGAAUCUUCUGAAGCCAUUUGGGAGGAGGAGCUGGUCAGUCUUCAGUCGGUGUUUGGCGACAGGUUCUCUCGCCCGUCGAAAGACGUUUGUCAGGUUAGUAUCAGGCCUUCCAAUAGGGGUCGCAAUCCCAUGGUGGAGCCUAUGGUCCAGAUCAGACGAACCCCAGAGUAUCCCCAGAAAGUUCCUGUCAUUUCAGUACACGCCGCGCUUCCAGCAUACAUCCGCUUGAGCAUCAUGAAGCAAGCCUUAAACAAUGCUGUGGAUAACUUUAUAGGAGAACAAAUGUGUUUCUUUCUCCUGGAUUGGCUGGAACAGCAUCUGUAUAGCAUCGUCGAAAGACCAGGCAGACUUCGAGAGAUUUCUGCAGCUGCUUCUACCGUAAGUGAAGUCCGUCCUAUCCAUCGCAAACGGCAGAGGAUUACAAGACACCCGAGAGCUAUCAACUGGACUGCCAACCCGAGAAGUAAAGAGGAUUGGGACAAGCGGCAAACCGAUCCGAAGCUACAGUCCAGGAUACAGCAGAGGAAGACUUUGCCCGCUUGGGAGAUGCGAGAAGUCAUUAUUGACACAGUUAACUCUCACCAAGUCACAAUCAUAUCUGGGGAGACUGGUUCCGGAAAGUCCACACAGUCGGCGCAGUUCGUUUUGGACGAUCUAUAUCAGAACUGUUUGGGAGACUCUGCGAAGAUUAUUUGUACACAGCCACGUCGAAUCUCUGCGCUCGGUCUCGCCGAUCGUGUCAGCGAGGAGCGAAAUUCUCCAGUCGGUCAAGAGGUUGGUUACAUCAUCCGAGGCGAGUCCAAGACAACCCCGAAUACCAAAAUCACUUUUGUCACCACAGGUGUAUUGCUUAGAAGAUUGCAGACAUCGGGAGGCAGUAGCGAGGAUGUAGUGGCCAGUCUGGCAGACGUUAGCCAUGUCAUCAUCGAUGAGGUCCACGAGCGAAGUCUGGAUACAGACUUCUUGCUAGUCCUCUUGAGAGACGUCUUGAAAAAGCGGAAAGAUUUGAAGCUGAUUUUGAUGAGCGCAACCUUGGAUGCUGGCGUAUUUGAAGACUACUUCAAAGCGAAUGGCAAGGUUGGCCGAGUCGAGAUCAGUGGACGAACCUAUCCCGUUGAAGACUACUACCUCGAUGAUGUGAUUCAAAUGACUGGCUUCAAUGCAGGCCGUGGAGGCAGGAGAGAUGAUGAGGAUGCCGAGACUGCCGGGAUGGACUCAGAUGUAGCAGCUGCUAUCCAAAGCAUCGGCAUGAGGAUCAACUACGAUCUAAUCACACAGACAGUCAGGGAGAUUGACGCGGAGCUUUCACAUCUGAAACAAGACGGUGGUAUUCUCAUCUUCAUGCCCGGUGUUGUUGAGAUCAGCAGGAGUAUUGAUGCUUUGCGCUCCAUACCGAAUCUGCAUGUGCUGCCUCUGCAUGCUUCUCUACAGUCUGCCGAUCAACGUCGCGUAUUUCCUCACGCCCCAUUUGGGAAGAGGAAGGUCGUGGUUGCAACCAACGUUGCAGAAACUUCAAUCACUAUCGACGAUAUCGUUGCAGUGAUUGAUUCUGGCAGGGUGAAAGAGACAAGCUACGACCCGCAGAACAACAUGCGAAAGCUCGAGGAAGUCUGGGCCUCGCGUGCGGCAUGCAAGCAACGUCGCGGUCGAGCUGGUCGUGUCCAAGCCGGCAAGUGCUACAAGCUGUACACUCGUAACGCAGAGAUGACCAAGAUGAUGGAGCGGCCUGAGCCCGAGAUCCGCCGAGUACCGUUGGAACAACUCUGUCUCUCUGUUCGUGCCAUGGGGAUCAAGGAGGUUGGCGCAUUCCUGGCGAGUGCGUUGACACCACCUGAAAGCAUGGCUGUUGAUGGUGCGAUGGACCUGUUGGGCAGAAUGGGGGCUCUGGAUGGCGAAGACUUGACGGCGCUUGGUCGACAUCUGUCGAUGAUUCCAGCGGAUCUUCGAUGCGGAAAGCUCAUGGUAUAUGGGGCCAUGUUCGGCUGUCUAGACGCCUGUGUCACUAUUGCUGCCAUUCUCACGGUCAAGUCUCCUUUCGUAUCCCCCCAAGAUAAGCGAGAGGAAGCCAAGGCCGCGAGAGCCAAGUUUGCGAGAAAUCAAGGCGACUUGAUCGGAGAUCUCAAAGCAUUUGAGCAAUGGGAUGAGAUGGUUAGCAACAGAAGCAUACGGCAAGGAGAAAUCCGUGGCUGGUGCUCUGACAACUACCUCUCCUACCAAACACUCAACGACAUCUCUUCCAACCGGAGUCAAUACCUGAGCUCGCUUCGCGAGCUCUCAUUUAUUCCCAACUCUCCCGCCGCUCUUGCGUCGCUCAACAAGUACUCCUCCAACACCUCUCUCCUGCGCUCACUCUGCGCCGGCGCUUUCAACCCCCAAAUAGCUCGAAUCGAUUUCCCAGACAAGAAAUUUGCGGCUUCCGUUUCGGGGGCAGUAGAGCUCGACCCCGAAGCGAAGACGAUAAAGUACUUUAAUCAAGAAAAUGGACGGGUGUUCGUGCAUCCCAGCUCGACAAUUUUCGAUGCACAGGGAUUUCCCGGAAACAGUGUCUAUAUGAGUUAUUUCAACAAGAUGGCCACGAGCAAGGUUUUUAUUCGGGACUUGACCCCAUUCAACGCUUACACGGCCCUGCUCUUCUCCGGCCCCAUCAAUCUCGAUACCCUUGGCCGUGGUCUCAUCGUCGACGGCUGGUUGCGACUGCGAGGCUGGGCUCGAAUCGGGGUCUUGGUCAGCAGACUGAGAGGUAUGCUCGACGAUGUACUCGCACGUAAGAUUGACGAGCCGGAAUUGGAUCUGGCGGGGAAUGAAGUCGUGGAGGCGGUAAUGCAUCUAGUGGAGCUGGAUGGGUUGGAUCAAUAG